UCGCAGAACGAACGACGAGCGAUGAGUGGCGACGGCGACGACGUCGCGCGCGUUUCUCGUGGCGAGGUGACGAUGUUGCGUCGGUCUAAGUCGAGUCGCGCCGCGAAAAUCCCCGGCAACGGGUCCACCGACGACGAGGACGUCGAUAACGCUAGUAAGGAUGAUUCAAUCAGUCCGCCAAACGAGUUUGAAGAGUCGCUGCAUACGAUGUCGGAUAUUUACGGACAAACGCCGCCCAGGACACGUCUCAGUCGCAAGAAGAGGCACAUGAAGCAGAAGCUCUCGUCGGGCAGCGAUCUCAAGUCAAUAGAGAAAGAGGCCAGGCCAAGGACGGCUAUCCACAGGCGCAACACCCUGGACACUAUCAUCUUCAACGAGAUGUGCGAUAAAGCUGACAAAGAUAACGAGGACGAGACGAAGGAGGACGCGAAGGAGGGUAGCAGGAAGUGCAAGAGAAGUUUGAAACUAUUGCGUGGCAACGAAAGGGACCUGAAGCUCGACGUGGAGGCUGCCCACAACUAUGCCGAGAGAUACACCGGCGACGUGGCGGUAUCGACGCCGAAUCAAAUCAAGGUCGAGACCAGAAAUAGAUUUCGCUGCCUGCGAUCCAAGCCCGUUGACGUGGAGGAGAAGAAGGUGGAGCGUGAAGUCAGCGAACGGAGCGUGUUGAUAAAUGAGGAAAACUUGCGCGCGCAAUCGCCAAGAACGCAAAGUUUGAGGGAGAGAGAAAUCUUUCACGACACAUUCUCUUUCUUAAUUAAGUUGGGAAGUACAGAACGGAAUUGUCGUCGCCAGAUGAGUCACGAGGAAACUAGAUGGCAAAACGAAUUAAAGGACCUAAUAUGGUUGGAAUUGCAAGCGCAUCAUGCGGACCGUAGUCUGAUAGCGCAGGAUGAAUAUCUAUGCCGCCAACGAGAGGCGGUGGAGGGUUUACUUUCAGAAAUAAUGGAAUAUAGGUAUAAAGAGAAGAAUAACAGCAGUUACACACUGAUAGUGCUAAGAGAACGCAAUUAUUGCAUUAGAUACGAUCCCAUCGCGGACAUCCAAGAGGGAGGCCCGAGUGUCAGCCCUGGCGACGUUAUGAGUGAUCGAUCCACAAAUUCCGGUUCAAACGCUAACAUUGAACUGAGUAUAUGCCCGGGUUGUCUUUCUAUGUACUGCCGUGCGUGCGCCCGUGCGCAGGGAGAAGCAUUGCAGCAGGUGGAAGGUCUGCUGGCUCGCUUGGAAACCGCGGAAGCCUUGUAUCCAUCCUCCCAUGCGUUCGCCGUUAAUUACCCGUUGUAUAAGAGUCCAGAGUUCACUGAUAGAGUAAAGGCUAUGUGUCUCUGGUACAACAUGACGAAACACCACCGGUUCAAAUUGCUGAUACUAGGUAGAUUACUCAUGAUGCUGCACAGCAAAAAGAAACAGGACGAGUUUAACGACUCUGGGAUCAGUUCGCGAUCUUCAGAUACUGUCGAUUCUGCGGAGCGACAAUCCAUGGUGCGGUUUGAAUUACCUCAACAGGACGAAACUUCCAGUCCCUCCGACAGUAAUAACAGCAACAAUUCUUCGAUCGGAGGUUUAUCAUUUAUAUCGCAAUCACUGCCACCUACUCCGGAAACUUCAUUCUCGUGUCCUGAGGACGAAAGAAUCGAUCGACUCGAUUUCUACUUGGUAGAAUUUGAUCGACACGCUUAUAGAAAAUACAUUGAGGAUGUAUUGAAAACGAGAGGUCUCAGAAAGAGUUUGAAUUUCCUGGAUCGACUACAUACAUCUAUAUUGAGAAAAGCUAGAUUAACUUUGGAGAAAAAUGACUGUGAGGGAUGCGAUAGUAAUGCGAAUGAAGAAUACGAAGGUGACAGAGAAUUACGACGAUAUGGUAUUUGGAGCUCUGAAGCGAAAAAAUUGAAUCUACCGUCAUACAGGGCAGCUUUUGUGUUUCUCUCGCGUGUGCCUCUGGAUGUGGUUCAUGAAUUUUUAAGGAUGAGAUUGGAGCAGAAACCGGAGCAGCCGAGUCCGUUGUCGGUUCGACAGCUCAUGCGAGAGCUUCGCGAGGGUCUCAGGAUUGCUUGCAUCCAUCGCGAUCGAUUCGCCGCACACUCUUGUGCUGCCGUCGCCAGCGAUGAAACCGGCUGUGAGUGUCUGUUCGAGGAGGAUGUCAAGUACUUCGAUGAGAGUCUGAGAGCUGUGUUCGAGGUGUACCUGGAUUAUCUUCAGCAGUGGGUGGACAUGGUGCAACAUGACAGUUUCCACAAAAAUCUGAUUAUGGAUGAGUGGUUGUUUGUCAAAUCCAUCGCUGGAAAUAUAAGCGAUGGAUACAAGAUUGCUGGCGUGAAAUUCUAUAAGAUUGCACGUACGAUGAUUAAACAAGUGAAUGAAUUUCUUAUCGAACGAACUCGCGAAAUCCGAGAGAAUGCGAAUUGCGAAGAGAAAGAGGACGAUGAGUUGUCAAGCAAAUUCCAUCUGAUGUUUGUGGGCCGCGAGUGGCAAGGAAUGUUUGUGGAGACUCGGGAGAAGAUUGUGAAGAGUAUCAAUCUCGCCAAAUGCUUAAAACAUGACAUCGAAAAAUGGCCCGUUUCCGACCAGGAAUUGGAAGAAUCAUUAAAACUGUUGAAGGAUAUUGUCCUGGAUUUGAGGCAUCGUAUAACAAUGGUGAUCGAAGACUUCCAAAGAGAAGCCAACGAAGUGGAGCAAUCGAAUACCGAGAACGACCAGAUGCCUUUACGAUCGAGAAUCCGCGAGAUUCUCCAUCAAGCUUACAAGAUGGGUUUCGAUUUUCACAAGGAGAUGUGCAAGCUAUUUUCGCUGGAAGAAAAAGCCAUUCUGGCGCGGGGUUUAGUAUCAUUCGCACUACUAUGGAUGGAGUUUGUGAGAACGCGAUGCGAGCGUGGCCGCGGCUUGAGGCCCAGGUGGGCGAAUCAAGGUCUGGAAUUUUUAAUAACGGUGUGCGAGCCGUACAACACGAAGCAUCUCACCGAUCAGGAGUUUGAAGAGUUAAAGAUGUGUAUGGAUCGCUGCAUAUCUCAUGUGGUGGGAACCGUGUCAGUUACAGGAUCGACGCCAGAAACAGAAAACUUAAGAAAACUGUCGCGAUCAAGAGCUUCAUCGCCGUCGCACCAUGGUCGCCCUAGAACCGCGAGCAUCAGCAUCUCUCAGAAGCCACGGGACGCUUUGAAGUCGCCCGAACUUUCAGUCAAUGCGAAGAAAGGUAAUUCGCCGAACAUAGUUGACGGAAAUCUCGCAGUGACAAUAAACACGCCUGAGCGAGGUACGCAGAGGCACGAGAGGGUUAUCCGUGCUCUCAGGAAAGUGGAGAACGAGCUCGAUGAAAGAUUGCGGAGCCGGGAACUCAUCGGACAAGUCAUCGACAGGAAAGCAGUAGAUAGAGUUCACAUUAAGGCGAGACGAGUUACGUUCACGUGGCAACGAGGUAUUAAAAUAGGUCAGGGAAGGUUUGGAAAAGUGUAUACCGUGGUGAACAAUCAAACCGGUGAAUUGUUGGCUAUGAAAGAGGUGCAACUGCAACCUGGCGAUUGCAGAGCGAUCAGGCGUGUCGCCGAGGAAUUACAGAUAUUCGAGGGAAUCCAGCAUCAGCAUUUAGUGCGAUAUUACGGACUAGAAAUUCAUCGUGAGGAGAUGUUGAUUUUCAUGGAAUUUUGCGCAGAGGGAACUCUCGAGAGCUUAGUGGCAGGCAGCGGUAAUGGACUGCCGGAAUCAUUGGUCAGAAAGUACACUCAUCAGCUCCUUUCAGCUGUGGCAGCGCUGCACUUUCACGGAAUUGUUCAUCGAGAUAUCAAAACUGCAAAUAUUUUUCUAACAGACGAAGGUAAUUGUCUGAAACUCGGCGACUUUGGUAGCGCAGUGCAGAUUAAAGCACACACAACUAUGCCUGGGGAACUCCAAGGCUUUGUCGGUACUCAAGCUUAUAUGGCACCAGAAGUAUUUAUGAAGUCUGAAAGUAGUGGACACGGUAGAGCCGCCGAUAUCUGGUCGGUAGGCUGUUGCAUCAUCGAGAUGGCGAGUGGAAGACGGCCUUGGUCAGAUUAUGAUUCAAAUUAUCAAAUUAUGUUUAAGGUCGGAAUGGGAGAAACACCAGCCCUUCCGAAAAAUCUUUCCGCCGAAGGUAUAGACCUCGUGAAGAAGUGUCUUCAACACGAUCCAAAGAAAAGGUUGACUGCAAAUAAUCUCCUCGCGCACUCUUUCGCGCGUGGAGAGUACGAAGAUGUUAACGCUGAUUUAACGAUGCCGCGUUAGAGUUAUCGGGAGGAUGUAAGUACUCACGAAUUUUAAUCUUUUAAUUUUUUUUAAUAAUAAUUAUAAUAUUUUUCUCACCGAUCGAACAAGAUAUAUUAUAAGAAAAAUCAAAAUAAGACAAAGUCAAUUACUUGUGAUCUGUGCGAAGAUAUAGUUUGCGGUAAAAUCGCUAAGAAGAAAAGAUUUCAAACGGAAUUCAUAUGACGUUCAAUCUAGAGAGAUAAUAUUCAUAUCUAUGUUUCUUGUAGUGCACGAUCUCCGUCAGAGAUGCAAAACUGGCUUUUGCAUUCGUACUUAAUCGGUAGAACUAUUCUACUCAUUUGUUAUAUUGUAUUAUUUGAAUAAUAGCGAAUUCGGGAGCUUGCACUAGUGCACACUGAGUGCGCACUAAGGCUUGUUCUUAAUCAAUUGUUAUAUUUACAGAUCAUCUUAAAUACUUCUUAGUCUGUAAAAUGAUUUGUACAGAAUCCAUAUAGAUAUUACAGAUUGUUUUAUUGGCUAAAAAGUUUUUAAAUGUGUAUUUAAACGACUUUAAAUAUAAGAUUAUAAACAAGCCUUAGUACGCACACAGUGUGCACUAAUGCAAGCUCCCGAAUUUGCUAUAAGCUCUUCUGAGCAAUCAAUCAUCAAUCCAAUGUGUCUUAUUCAGCUUCAACGGCACUGUUUAAACAUAAUAUUAUGUUAAAUAUAAUAGCCGGUAAUAUUUGCGGCAGGCUAUACAAAGGAACAAGGCAGUCUGAAAAUAUUUUAUCUACUGACAAAACCAGUGUAACAUAUAAAUACUAUUGUGAUCAUGUUACUUAAGCUUAAUUAUACAGUGCUUCCCAAAGUACACUUUCUUUCCAUUACAAUUGUUAAAUGAUGAGGCUAAAGAUUACUAGAAACAAAGUUUUUAGCACUGAAAGUUGUAAAUUAGAUUUUGAUGUACAUAGGUAUGCAAAAAAAUGUAAAUAGCAAAAUUUAGUUUUACAAUUAAUUUGAAAUAAUUUUUACAAAAUGCCCCUAAUAUAUAUAGAGAGUCUUAGUAGAUUCAAUGAUAAAAAGAUAUGUAAUGUUAAAGAUUAAAAAUGUUAUUAUUAGUGGCAUCGAUUUAAUGUUUGUGAAUAAAUUCAAUGUAGUUUUACACCAGGAUUGUCUGGUGGAAAGAAAGUGCAGCUUUGGAAUAUCCUUGUUUUUUAUGUGAUUUUUAUGUGAGUUAGCUACACUAGAAUAACUUGAAUAAUUUGAGCUAAAAAAAUGAAAGACUCCAAAAGCGUUGCAACGAAAUGUAAUGAAUUUUGAUUGUCAUAAAUGAUCGCAUGUAUAAUUUUUCACUCAUUGUCAGUCGAGUGGUAUAUGUUUAUAAAGAGUGUGGUGUUUAAGUAUAUAUAAGAAU